GUGACCAUGGAUGACUAUGUGCCUAUUCCCUUCACAUUGCUCAAAUUACCUCAAAAAUCGAUUGAUGUCGUGCUGCGCAGAAUGUGCAUAGAAGCAUUAGUUGAAUUAUCAUUCACAUCUAAAGCUGCAAUGCAACAAACUAAACACCUUGGUAUAAAAACCGAACGUUUUAUCAUCGCAAUUAAUUCAAAUGAAAUAUUGAUUGACGUUUCCGGUUGUAGAGAUUUCCGAUUCUACACUUUCGAAUGUUCAACCCCCAGCCACCAUACUGUACAGAAGCCCAUAAGAGUGCAUGUUGGUUUCAGAGGGGAAAGAUGGGAAACCCCAUUUUUUGGAGUGAGACAAUUUUUGAAUCAUCUUAUGGAAAUAUUUCAUCAAACAAAACUUGAUAGCUUACAUAUUAGUACAGCUGACCCUGAAUGUUCUAAUGAACUCAAAGGAAUGGAGUUUGGGUGGUUGUCCAUGAUGUCCAUGACAUCGGACAACAAUAGUUCACAAGAUGAAGAUGCAUUGAGACAGUUUUCCGGCAAAACUGAUUCAAUUUGUUUAAAUAGAAACCCAUUCUCAAUAGAACCAUCUAAACAAAUGCAAAUGAUUUUAACACGAAACAUGAACGUAGUAUCAACGAAAUGUGAUCUUAAUGAUGUGUUUGUUACAAAUGCCCGUUCAUUCACCGCUUUUCUGAAAAUCGAAGAUGUCAAUAUAUUUCUGAAGCACUGGAUGCACAGAUCCGACAGAAAACUGAAAUCUGCAUGGUUCGAUUUAGAUGCAUUCAGGUGGGACGUUGAAGAUGUUCUCGAACCACUUUUUAAAGGUAUAGCAUAUCACGUUGCCCCAGCAGAUAGAGAAUUUAUUGUUCAUUUGCCGAAAAAGUUAUCGGGAUGUGGUGAUUAUCGUGUCAUAGGUGGUUAUGAUGUGAGAAGGAAUGAUGGGAUGACGGCAACUAUUAUUGUUGCAGAUCGUGCAAAUGUAUUUCUUAAAAUGUUUUUUUGGAUUUAAAACCACUUUUAUUUCUAAUAAUCGAGACCAUAGAUGCAUCCCAUUUAUGCAUUGCAUGGAGAUUGAUUGAUUCAUCUACCACCAUUUCAAAUUGUUUUAUUUUUCUGCACCCUCUGAAUUAAUUCUCUUGUAUAAUUUUCGAAUAACGUUGCCGCCAAUAAUAAAAUGUUC